CGCCCAAGAGGGCGUCAGUCAGCUAGAGUUCUAGUGGCACGGUGCACCCGAGCUGCUUGUAGUGACGAACGCUCGUUGUCAAUUGCUCGCUGGCCGAGAGGCAGAAAAAAAGGUUGCCAGCAAAGCGGCAAAGCCUAACCGAUUUAAAAUGUGAAUUUGACAGGAUGUUUCUUAUGGAGCCAACGUUAGAGCUCUGGCUCACCGUCGCGGCGAUCACCAGCAUUUUCUUUGGACUAUUCAUCGCCUUAGCCGUGAUAAUAUGUUCGCGAAAACGGCGUACAGCGAAGCAACUAGGUGGCGUAGAGCGCCUGCUCUUGGUGACAGCUCACCCGGACGACGAGUCGAUGUUCUUUGGACCGUUGAUUGUGAAUGAAAUCGAACGCGGUACAGAUGUGUAUUUACUUUGCCUUUCAACAGGCGAUUAUUACCGGGAGGGUUCGCGGCGGAAGGCGGAAUUGUUGAACGCCUGUAGAUCUCUGGGCAUUCCCGCAGGCAACAUCACAGUCAUUCAGCAUGGCCUGCUGCCUGAUAACCCGAAAAAACGUUGGAAUGAUCGAUUAGUCGCCAACCUCAUCUAUAAAUACGUCACCAGCCUUAACUGUGACACGGUGGUUUCCUUUGACCAUUAUGGAGUGACAGGCCAUUCAAAUCACGUUUCAAUUUUCGAUGCGUUGUUAUAUUUCUUUGAAGACCCUGCGGAAACAGGCCUUAAGAUUGAUUUCCGGGUGUUUAUGCUAGAAUCAGUCAACAUACUUCGAAAGUACAGUGGCCUUCUCGAUGGAGCCUUCGGUUAUUUGUGGCCGUCUACCUAUGUCUAUCUUCUAACUCCAGAUCAACGGAGAAAGCUGGAUCUGGCGAUGACUCAACAUGGCUCACAAUUGACGUGGCUCCGAAGACUGCACUGUCGUUUCUCCCGAUAUAUGUACGUCAAUACACUCAAUGAACUUACGGAGGAGAAGGCAGAAACCGAUAAAAACGAAUAGAUUCGAUUGACCCUGUUCGGCAACAUCCGAGUAUCCUGUCCCUGCGGACAGAAGCACUCCAUCGGCAGCUGUAUGGCGGCUCAAAAUGUCGUCUAACUAACUCAGCUGCCAGUGGAGCCUCUGGACGCGCACCGUUUUCCUGUUACUCAUUCAGUGAUUAAUUAGUUUAUAUUUACCAUAAGCAGCAGUGCUAGCUGUAACCGAAUCUACGCCCCUGGCCAGACGAUUGAGAGUUUCUCAUAGUAAUGGUUCGUACGGUAGCGUACACACAGACAAAAGUUACUACAAUUCGUAGGAAUGGCUCUUCGUGUCAUUUCACGAAGCAGACACUGCUUGAUACCCAUACAGAAAACGAUAUAGGUAUAUGUCAAAUGAGAGCCGAUCGUACGAUAUUCGGCGAUCUGGUUAACGUUGCUAAUAAAUCAGUGCGACGGACAGACCCUUCUCGAUAUCUGCCGCUGCUUCGGGUGCAAACAGACUCUUUCUUUAUUUUCAACUGUUCAGACAAAUCAUAAAUCACCAGAUCUCUGUUGGCCGUUAUUUUCACCGCCCUCUUCUGCCGAUGUCGGCAAUUUUCCUAGCAUUUCAUCAGCGCCUCUCGGGCACACGAAGACCUCUGCUUUGAAGCACUUAACAGGCAACGGUCAUAAAAUCUACUACAAUACACACACACACAUUCACACCUAGAUCUGAGACUUGAAAUCUGUUAGGCCUGCGGGUAUAUGUGAGAAUGUACCUGCGAACCCGUUUUUCGUAGGAGAAUGUCGAAUGAGAAACAGCUAAUAUCCUCAAUAAGUGACAAUAAUGGUGAGAAAAUGGGUGCAAGGAAGUGCUGACGGUGUAACAGCACACGCGACGUCUGCCAGCCUCUGCGGACAUAUAGAAUCUCAAAAGAUCGUCAAUAGCCUGCUUCUUCCUCAUCAGACAAACACAGUCAGAGGAGCGGUCACCACAGCAAAGUUAGCCUGUCAGUCAGCCAUAUACAAUAAUAUGAUGCGAUAUGUGCGACCUUCGGCAUUCUAUCUCCCAGUGAUAGGUUACCGGUACCAUGGCCACCACACGUAACAGGACGUGCAGGAAUAGGUGACGCGGUCGCAGGGCUCACGUUUGUUGUCGAGUAGGGUCAAACAGCCAUGUGGAAACUGAGACUAUGACAAACACUAAAAUAGUGUUCACAAUACAUAUAGGUUAUUACGACACCAUCAAAAGACUGAGGACUGCACUCGCAAUGUGUACGGUACGGUAUCGUACCUAUUGAGCUAUCAUCGAUUAGACUAUCACGGUGCGCUGAUAAAAGUUAGUGACACCGUUACUUAGUGUAGAAACCGUUAUUGGAUGUACUGCACACAGCGAAGCGGGGGAAGAGUGCAACGACGCCACGUUUUCUGGAUGCAUUAUAAUGAUUACUUCGACUUGUCGAUGUUUGACGUCAGCGAGUGGCCAAUAGAGUAGACUGUGAUACCGAAGAAAAACACCGUUAACUUAAAACUAUUAUAGGAAGUUACAUUUAAUAUGAGGCUAUGUUUCUAGGUCCCCUGUGCCCCUGUAUAGUGCGGUUUCAGACGGAUAAAUAAGUAAAUAAUAAAUAACACAGCCACUAACCACAAUGAUUGUGGGUAGAUACGAUGAAACCGAUGUUUUGCAUGCUAAGGUCAUUGAUACAAGUCAGCUAUGGACCCCGUAGUUGAUUCACAGUGAUCAGAAUGCUAUCAGCAAGCCACUGAUUCUAUUAGGAGACAUGGUGCUGCAUCAGAUAUAAGUGUCAGAUGACGAUAACGCGUCAUACCGUUUAUGUCGAUAGUAAAUAGCUUAUACGAAGAGUCGUUCAUAAAUGUAGCCCACUCAUCUAUUUGUUGAACGAGACAUAAAUGAGAGACCUCAGGCAUAACAAACCAGUAGCCAUCUAAUGAAGUCAUUCCCCGCUAGAUAAACCCUGUCGACAAAGACAAGCUCUUAUCGGGGACGAACAGAGCCACGCGAAAUAGACAAAAAAACGCUUCUUUUAAAUAAAUAAAUUAGCAGUACUCGUGAGAAUGCUUUUGAUAGACCUUGAUAGGGAUAGCUUGAUAGAAACAAGAUGGCCAGUAGCCAGUAAAGUAAUCGAUAACGAAACGCACCCUGCUGGAGCGGUAAAUCACAGAACAACUCAAGCUGGAUGUUCCUUAAAACAAUGCAAUCGGUGCGUCUCCAUGAGGUGUCAAGGGUUAGAAACAAAACCUCAUAGAAUGAUGAUACUUAUCUCUGUUGCAUUAUGUUCCAACCAUUAGAAGAUCGGCAUUUUCUCCAUUACUUAUUUGUUGAAAGCAAGACUGUCAAAAGGACCACUUGUACAAGUGGGCCUAUACUACUGAUCUGAUACGCGUGAUUACCGAUCGAGUCUAAGAUUUGUCAAGCUGCCAGGAUGCUAACAUUGUCCAUUGUGUAGAUAUAUAUACAUAUAUCUAUGAACUCGCUAAAAAAUUCUAAUAGGAAAAACAUUCAGCUGCUAUCAAUAACACUGAAUAUGAAAUACCAUAAUCUUACGACUAUCGUAAGUAUUAUUGGUCAUCAUUAGCAAUACCUUAAUGACGAAUCGUGAUGGUUCUGUGACGCCCGAGGCGGGUCCGUGCCUCGCAAGAUCAAUAGGCACAUAAUUAUAUUAUGCUAUAAUAAAUAAUAAUAAACCAACGCAUAAAGGUACUGGAGGAAACCCGGUUGGUAUGAUUCUACCCUCGAUAUAGUAAUUUCUGGUAUUCAUAAUUUGUAUUAAUAAUUGUCGUUGUAAUAAUAAGUAUGUGGGAAAUUUAUAUAGCAUCUAUAGCUUAGCCAGUUUGUAUGGGUGGAGUGGUACAAAUCAUAGAGUUAGUUUUGUUAUAUGCCCAAUGAUGCACGCGGGGUGCUUAAAAGCGGGGUUUGGCAAGCGAGAAAUUCGCAACUUUUCGACUCAGUAAAAAAAAAAGACAACAAAAUAAGAAGAAGAAAGAUAUAAUAACAGUGUUUAACAAUAAUAAUCGCCGUAUACUUUGUCGGCAUAUUUAUGGGCACUUUUGAUGAUCAUUUUUAUAGCCAUUUAUUGCGCAAUGACUAUUUCCAUGCCUAGUCAACCUUUCUGCACGCAAUAAGAUACCAUUCGUGCGAAACCUAUCACAAGGGUCUGAUAUGGAGAAACUGUUUUAUACGCGACAUAUAUCGUGCACAAGCUGAGAAGAAAAGGUCUGUCAUAAUUACAGUAACGUUGGUUGUUAUCUGACAUCUUUCUACACGCAUCGAGAUAUGAUCAUACACAUUGUUUCCGUAAACGAAUACGUUGUAGUUUAUUGGAGGCUGAACUUACUGUUAUCUAAGUUAAUCAAGUGUCCACUCAACGAGCCAUAGCGUACAUGGAAUCACAUUUACCGUGAAUGAACGUUCAAAAGGGUACCUACAAAUCUACGUAGUUCAACCAGCAACUGCGUCUAGAAUAUAAACGUCCUCAGGAGUGUGUAGCAUUAGCUUACGCGAUAAUUAAUUUGCAUGUAAGUUAUCUUCAGCAUAAGAAAAACUUGCACCCAUUUAGUACUUAGCAGCGCCACGUUUGAGUCGUCCUAAUAUCCAUAUAUAUCCACAUAGUCCUUAAAAGUUCGUCACUCGUCGUUGAAAUUGCUGGUUGAUCCAGUAUGCAAAUUAUAGUGGAGGUUAAAUGGGGAACGACUAUAAUUCAUGGUUCGAUAGGCCGGUUUGUAAAGGACCUCAUUGAUUGACAUACUUAAAUAGUUGAUCGGUUUCCGAACGAACUUGUGGAUGAUAGACGUCGAAAGGGAGCUUCCUCGUUGAAGAGAAGUUCCGAAAGGACAGUUUUUAAAGACCCUUCAAGCUUUACAUUCAGUGAAUCGACAAUGAUAAAAUGGUCAAGAUAUAUUACUAUUCUAAUAAUUACUAGCGAAGUAUGAGAAUACGCUUCAUUAUUACUUAAGUAACGUAACGCAUUACGUAAGUAAGUACGAAUAGUGUAAGUAGACGAGGAGAGUGCCUUGUUGCCGUUUUCACUGUCUAUCAUGCAUAAAUCUUGUUAGUACGUACCGCACAGAUAUAAGUGCACGUCUGAAACACGCAAAAAUCCAGUCGAGCGUGCACGUGUACGCAGCUCACACCCUGAUAUGUGAGACUCAAUGAGUAGUUCUUCAAUUCAACAUGAACACGAGCUAUACAUAGUGUAUUAAGCAUUCCAAUUCAACAACAAGCGGCAAACAAGUUGCCAUAGAAACGCGUUGUAAAGGAGAAACAAUUUUCGACCGUUGGCCAACAAUUGUAUCUAUUAUGUUUUUACAAUAGAACUAUAUCACUUAUAAAUAUGUGUCAUAGAUAACAUCAAAGACGCUAAAUUACAUAUACGGUAAGCCGUUACAGGGAAAAGUAGAGUGAAAGCAAUAUAGAACAAUGCUCUACGGGAGGGUAUGAUAGAAAGCUAUGAUGGCAGCAAAACAAUAACGAUCACGAUAGGUUCCUGGUAAUAAAAAAAAUUCCUGGUAAAAAAAAUAAUAAUAAAUAAUAACA